CAGACAAAGUGGCCCCCGUAACCCAAAACAAACAGCAGCAGAACGGAUUGAAACUCAAACUCUGCGUUCGAUUCCGUUCCCUUUGUCUUCUUCCUUCUCUCUGUAACGUAUUUCUGUUCGUCUGAGUACCUUAUCUUCUUUGAACAGAGGAAACACCAAAGCCUUCUCAGUUUUCCUCUGUUCAAAGUUCAGAUCUCAACAAAAAUGAAAAAGGACCGAGCAACUUUGGUCUGGCGAGACAUUCCUGGUCUCGAACCGACAAGAAUCGAAGACCAUUGGCCACACAAAUGGCUUGGUACUAGCAAUGAUAGUGUUAGUUUCCGUAGUGGUAAUUUUGCUUGUGUUUCGUUGGCGGAGAAGAAAGAGUUGGUGGCGCAGCCAACAACCGCGCAGCUCCUGAAGCAUCCAUUAGCUUUGGUUGCUUUGGUUCCUAAAGAUGCGGCGCUGUUCGCCGCCGGCGCAAUUGCCGGUGCCGCUGCAAAGUCCGUCACUGCGCCUCUCGACCGUAUUAAGCUUCUAAUGCAGACUCAUGGAUUGAGAGCUGGGCAAGAAAGUGCUAAGAAGAGUAUUGGGUUCAUUGAGGCAAUUAAGUUGAUAGGAAAGGAAGAAGGAAUUAAAGGGUACUGGAAGGGCAACCUUCCUCAGGUCAUACGCAUAAUACCCUAUAGUGCCGUCCAGCUGUUUGCUUAUGAAACCUACAAGAAACUUUUUAGGGGAAAGGAUGGUGAGCUCUCUGUUAUUGGAAGACUAGCAGCAGGUGCUUGUGCUGGCAUGACUUCAACUUUUGUUACAUACCCGCUAGAUGUCCUCAGAUUACGGUUGGCUGUUGAACCCGGGUACCGCACAAUGACAGAGGUUGCCUUAAACAUGCUGAGAGAGGAAGGAGUUGCAUCCUUCUAUAAUGGUCUUGGACCAUCUCUUAUUGGAAUAGCUCCUUACAUAGCUGUGAACUUUUGUGUAUUUGACUUGGUGAAGAAAUCUUUGCCAGAGAAGUAUCAAAAGAGGACUGAAACAUCCCUAUUAACAGCUUUGGUGUCAGCUACUAUUGCCACAGUCACGUGCUAUCCUCUGGACACAGUCAGAAGGCAAAUGCAGAUGAAGGGUACACCUUACAAGACAAUUUUGGAUGCCUUUCCAGGUGAACUGAUGCUAAAUAUUGGUUGUUAUUAGCGGUGGUAAACUAAUUUCACUGGAUAAUCUUAAAUUUGAAAAUUCCUGGUUGGUGGGAAGUUGGAAGCAUUUCACUUGCACAUUCAAAUAAGCACAUAUACGUCCUUUCUCAGGGUGGACCUGCAGUUUAUAAUAUGCAUUGCAUAAAAGAUAGUACAAACCUCAUGAUCCUUGUGAUUCUGCUUUACCCAUUUGGUAUGUAUGCUUGGUCUGAGAUUAGGGUGAUCUGUUUUGCUGAAUUCCAUGUAUUGAAGUGGCAGAUAUCCAGAAGAGUUUUCUUUCUUGUAGGAGGAUGGUGUAUCAUUCCAUUUACUUUCUAAGUUAACGGACUUCUAAGGAUACUUAGCCUUUUUGGUGUUCCUCUUCUUUGUAUUCCUUGAGUAAGAUCUGCUGCUUGAGGCCUUAUCACCAGUUCACUUCUUUAUGAUGACUUUCACAUUUAUUGAUUUCCAGAAGGUUUUAAAAGUGAGUUUAUUUAACAUAACACAGUUCAGUGUUACUAGUAGUGCACGUCAUCUUUGAAAAUUUAUUGAAGUUUGCUUGUAUCAUUAAACCCCUCUUUUUUGUAUGUACAUAUUUGUUGAAGAAUUGAGUUUCUGAUCUAUUUAACAAGCAACUACUUAAUUAUUGCUUACUUGGAUUUUUUUGAGACAGGCAUUGUGGCACAUGAUGGUUUAGUUGGAUUGUACAGGGGUUUUGUGCCCAAUGCAUUGAAGACUCUGCCAAAUAGCAG